UACGUAAAAUGUUCGUAAAAAGUUGUAUAGUUUUUAUAUCCAUUUUGUUUCUUGCAAAUAUUUUAGGAGUUCGUAAUGAAGAAACGAAUAAGAAUAUGAAAAUAAUCGGUAGAGUUGGAGAAAAAAUAACAUUACCAUGCAAUAUAACCCCUUCAACAGAAGGUAAUACUGUUUCUGUGGUGUUAUGGUUUAAAGAAAAUUCCGACACUCCAAUUUAUAGCAUGGAUGCAAGAGAAGGAGAUAUUUAUCAGGCUAAGCAUAGAGCAAUCGAAGGCUUUUCCAACAGAAUUAAUUUCAAUAUAAAAAAUUCACCCGCAACACUGGAAAUUAAGCAAGCCAAUCUAAACGAUGAAGGUGUUUACAGGUGUAGAGCUGAUUUUAAAAGAUCACGAACUCGUAAUUCCAUCAUUUAUCUAAAAGUAAAAGGUAAACUCUAA